GCGCGUGUGUGCGCACUGAGAAGCAGCAACAGUAUUUUACGCGCGCACAAAGUUUCCUCCACAGAUAGUUUAAUGGCUAAAUACAAGCCCUGGACGGUUUGCUGCUUCACCUUGAUUGUUUUAUUUUGCGCAGUUGCUCUCGUCUCUUUCUGCAUUUUCACGUUUGUGGACAGAAAAUGUCCCAGCGGCAGCUUCAAGCACGCGGCUGUGGCUGCAGACUCUUUAAGGUGCUCCCAGAUUGGCAGGAACAUGCUGCAAGAGGGAGGGUCAGCAGUAGAUGGCGCCAUUGCAGCUCUUCUGUGCACGUCUGUGGUCAAUCCUCAGAGCAUGGGGAUCGGAGGAGGGUCUAUAUUUACUAUAAGAGAUAAAACAGGCAAAGUUAAAGUGUUCAACUUCAGAGAGACGGUCCCAAAGUCUUUCAAAAGUAACCUGUUAGAAGAUUGUCCAACUACAUUCAAAAUGACCAAAGGCACACAGUGGAUUGGUGUUCCUGGAGAGCUGCGGGGCUAUGAGUCUGUUCACAAACAGUAUGGAAAGCUUUCAUGGGCCAGGCUGUUUGAACCAACAAUUAAACUUGCCAGGGAGGGCAUCCCUCUGCCUCCAUAUCUGGAAUAUAUCCUAAAAGUCCCCAUUGCAAAAAAACACCUGGAAGGCUCCUCUCUCUGUGAAGUUAUCUGCAACAAGAACAAAACGGUCUUGAGUAAAGGGGACAUCCUUAAGUUUCCCAAACUUGCAGACAGCUUGGAAGUGAUUGCAGCACAAGGUGCAGAUGCCUUCUACACUGGCAAGAUUGGACAGGACUUAAUCCAAGAUGUAAAAGCUGCAGGUGGGACGUUGGAAAUGGAGGAUCUGGAGUCCUUCAAAGUGCGAGUGGAGGAUGCAUGGACAGUCCCUCUUGGAGAUACAAAGAUGCACUUCGCUCCACCACCAACUGGGGGCCCUCUGCUGGCUUUCAUUCUCAAACUGCUGGAAGGAUUCUCCUUGACUCCAAGCUCCUUUCAUGGUGAGCAGAAGAUUCAGACGUACCAUCGUUUUAUAGAGGCAGCUAAAUUUGCAAAUGGACAGAAGAGAAACAUCCGGGACCCUCUCUUUAAUGACAUAAAGACUGCUGAACAUUUGAUUGAUCCUGCCUUCAUUCAUCGCAUCAGGGACAUGAUUUCUUCCAACAGCACUCAUAACAACUCUUACUAUAAUGUGAAACCCUCAUCUGAUCACUUCGGGACAACACAUGUAUCAGUGCUGGAUGAGGAUGGACUUGCAGUCUCUGCCACCAGCACCAUAAACCAUCUGUUUGGAGGCGCCAUUUACUCAUCACGUACUGGCAUCAUCCUCAACAAUGAGCUGUCUGACUUUUGUGGGAGAGUGGACUCGUUGACGGCAGGCGAGCAGCCUCCUUCCUCGAUGACUCCAGUCAUAGUUGAGUCAAAGUCUGGAGGUCUCCUUGUGAUUGGUGGAUCUGGUGGGAGUAUGAUAAUAGCAGCAGUGGCCUUGUCAAUAAUGAAUCGCCUGUGGCUGGGGAUGAAUCUCACAGAUGCUAUUGAGGCACCUAUAGUGUUCAUCGACUCCAAGAAUAAUUUGAAUUUUGAGAAAUUCGAAAAUAUUGAAAAGAUUGAACAGCCCGUGAGGGAUGGUCUCAUAGCUCUCGGACACAAACUCGGGAGCUCGCAAUUUUUUCUCAAUGUUGUAAAUGCUGUGGAGAAGGAGAAAGGAUGCAUUGUUGCCGUGUCUGACAGCAGGAAGCUGGGGAAGUCAGCUGGUUACUGACCAAACAUUGGUGAGGAAGAUCCAGCUUCCCACUUAGAUCCUCUCUAGAGACUAACUUAACCUUUAGCCUUAAGAAAGAACAAUGAAUGUGAUCAAGCACAACACCACAGUGCUCGCAGAGAUCUUAGAAGGAAACACUAGUGGUCAGAUUAAAUGUUUAUGUAAAGUACUCUAUUUGGACGUGAACAGGGCCACGUCCAGAGGGGCGCCCUGGGGUGGCACUCCCCCUACCAUCACCACUGGGACUUAUUUUAAAAUGAACUAAGUUGGCUGUUUCGUAACAGGCUUGCAGUAGCUUUCUUUGUAAUUUGAUGUAGCACUUUCUACACUUUCUUUUAUUAUUGCCUCAUUUCUGACCCCGGACAAACAUCUUCUUUUUGAGCCCGUCAGGAAUUAGGAUAAGAAGAUUUACGUGUUGCAAAUCCGAUGUCCCUUCUUUUUGAUGAAAAAAAUAUAUACACAGAAAGACAACAAUUGUUUGAUACUAAAAUGAUAGUUUUUAAAGUAGAUAGUGAAGACAUAGAGGGUAAAUGCUUUUAAAGUGUGUGCACCACCCUCUGCUUAUGUCAAUCCCUCUGUAAAAAGAAGUCUGAAAGUCAAAUUUCAUCCAAUUUAGAUGUAUGAUAUUUUUCUUCUUUAGCAACCCCAGUAAGAAGUUUUACCCUCACCCUUAUUGGCAGAUUGUCUUUUUGUUAGAGGGGAGGGCCAAUACAAAAAAGCAUUAGCCGGGGGCGGCUGUGGCUCAAUGGGUGGAGUCGGUCGUCUAUCAAUCGGAAGGUUGGUAGUUCGAUCCCACCUCUGGAAGUCACAUGCCGAAGGGCCUUGAGCAAGACACUGAACCCCAAACUGUUCCCGCUGUUGUUCAGUGGUGUGUGAAUGGGUACAAAUGAGAUCAGCUGAUACUGAUGGUUUCUUACAUUAGCAGCCUCUACCAUUAGUGAGUGAAUGGGUAUGAAUGGGUGAAUGUGAUGAGUAGUGUGUAAAAGCGAUUGGGGUGCUCGGAAAGACUAGAAAAGCGCUAUAUAAGUACAAUUCCAUUUACCAUUUACCAUUAGUGACACUUGUUAGAAUGCACAACUAUGUGCACAAAAAAUGUAAAAUUGGUGACUAAUGAUAUUUGUCUUUCUACUAAACUAGCUGUUCCUGGAGCUUUUAAGAAAGGGAUAAUGUAUGGUUAGCAGGUAGUUGGGGGAAAUAGAAUCCCGAAACGUAUUACCCAGCUACUAAUUUCAGAUACAGACACAUUGGCAAAAAACAUGAUUACAAUAUUACUUUAUCGAUCUCAAAUGAUUUAUGUAUACAGUCUUUAAAAAAUAGUCCCAGUCAUUCCACAGCAGUGAGCGUUCCAUGGCGAUAGCACUUUUUUUUCCUAACAUUUCCCUGUCCACAUCACCAAAUGGUCUUUGCUCCAUUGUCAUCAUUAGAAAUCUCUGAAUAAACUCUGGAGUGGACCUGAGUAAUGCGUUACUUACUGGGGACUUUUCAAAACUUUUUUUCAUCUGACUACUGAGGUUUCCUGCUUUGUCAGUGUGAUAAUCAUCUCUGACUGACUUAUACUUUGAGCUGAUUUGACUUCUUGCUAUAAACACUUUUUAAGUCCAAUCAGUUGUUAUGCACAACCAAACAAUGUUAUAACUUGUGAAUCAUGAACGCACAUUGAAUGCACCAUGAGGCUGUUACUUUUACUGCUGAGAUCAGUUUUUAUGUAUCAUAGAAUGACAAACUUCUAACCAAAGUGUUUCUGCAGAAUGAGCCAUAAAAGCAAAUCUACUGUUGUUCAACAAAACAAAACCAACUACCCUACAGUGCCAAUAUUUCAAUAUCAUUGUAUGUUUACAUUUAUAACUGACUUGUGUAACUUUAUGUAAGACCACUUUGCUGUAUAUGAACUAUGUGUGUUUAACAUUUUGAAAGUGAGAGCCUGACUGACAUAUCUGCUUCAAAUAGAGAACUUUUACUGUGACCUUAGCGGUGUUAGUUAAUUAAAAACAAAAAGAUGCAGAUCCCUGAGCCAGUAAUGUUUUUCUUUAAUUAUUAAAGCUCCUGUGAGAAACUUUUUGGUUGUGAUGGUUUUAGUGUCCCCUGUGGAAAAAGCAGGAAAUAUGUAGCUCACAAUGGACCUUUGGCAUGGAAGUUAAAUGGCUGUUUUGGCAGCCUUGCCUGACACCUACCCUACCUACCUAACUGACAGGUAUGAAAAAUAGCUAUAUAUAAAUAAUCUGUGUUUCUGAAGGUGGUCUCUUUUGUUUUUGUAGACCAUGCAGAAGCAAAAUUAUUAUUUUAAGUCUGUUUCAUUUGAAGCCAAAAAUCCUCACAGGAGCUUUAAGAAAAGGUGUAAUUGACAAAAACAAGCAUUUAUAAUUAAAAUUAUAUAAAAACACAAGUUUAUUUUCAUGUCACUUACAAAUAUUUUUGUAUUUCACUUGUUUUAUUAUGUCAUUAUGUUUUUUAAAUCCACUUUUUUACUGCAUUUAACUGGGAAUUUCUGUGUUUUAAUAAUAAAACAUUAAGUCCAAGUCAGGGUUCUCUGAUUUUUACCAGACUUGUAACCAACCACAAGACCAACGCCACACUUAAUUUAACCAAUACACUUUUCACAGUACAACAACCCUGAUAUUAAACAUGUAUCCUUUAUUCUUAGCAUUGUAUGAUCAGCAAUAAUCUGCCUCCUGUUUUCCUGUUUGCCUUGUUUUAAGGCAGCACUUUUGCUCUGAAACAAAGGAAGCAGUAAUGAGAUACAUUUCAGAAGAAGAGGGACUUAUGAAUUAGUAAUGAUUUCUUAAGUGGAUUCUGCUCCGUUUUCCUUUGAGGCAAUAGAUGUGAGUUAUGAGAAGAUGCAAAUUUGAAUCUGUGAGAGGCACAGUUGCCUUUGUUGUAUGACAAAUGAGUUAAUCUGGUUACGUUGUGACUCUAUAUUGGGUGUCACGACUUUAACAGCCAUUUAAAGCUAGUAUCAUUGUACACUAUGCAGGAAAUGUCUCUCCACUGAUCAUCUUUCAUAUGAAGAAAAGUCAGUUCAAUAAACCUGUGAUGACUC